AUGCCGAACGUCUCGCUGUGUCGACUGUCGGCGAAAGAACCGUCUCCAAGUGACUAAGGAUUUUGAGUCGAAUUAUCUUUAUCUCUUUGAUAAAGAUAUGAUAUUUUUAUCUAAAAACUGUGCCGUUCAUUUAUAUGAGUGUUGAUUGUGUUGCCGAUGUGUAUUGAUUACAUCGGGACGUGGUAUUUAGUGCAGUGAGGAAUUAGAUUGGGUCGGAGCCCUCCCUUGUGAACUUGUGGAUAGGAUAAAUUGUGUUUUGAGUGAAAACAUUUGGAUAAAACGCAAAAAUGCAGGCGAUCAAGUGUGUCGUAGUCGGUGACGGUGCCGUCGGUAAAACAUGUUUGCUCAUCAGCUACACGACAAACGCCUUCCCCGGGGAGUACAUUCCUACAGUAUUCGACAACUACUCAGCAAACGUGAUGGUGGACGGGAAGCCGAUCAACCUGGGCCUAUGGGAUACGGCGGGGCAGGAAGAUUACGACCGGCUGCGGCCGCUAUCCUACCCACAGACUGAUGUCUUCCUCAUAUGCUUCUCGCUCGUCAACCCGGCCUCCUUCGAAAACGUUCGGGCUAAGUGGUUCCCUGAAGUCCGGCACCACUGCCCGUCGACGCCCAUCAUCCUGGUCGGCACCAAGCUGGACCUGCGCGAGGACAAGGACACCAUCGAGAAGCUCAAGGAGAAGAAACUCACGCCCAUCACUUACCCACAGGGCCUUGGCAUGGCGAAGGAGAUAAACGCGGUGAAGUACCUCGAGUGCUCUGCGCUUACGCAGAAAGGGCUGAAGGCGGUGUUCGACGAGGCGAUACGCGCUGUGCUCAUACCCGUGCAGCCGCUCAAGAAGAAACGGACCUGCGCACUGCUCUAAGCUAUACACUAAGCUGGUGUCCGCACUGAAGCCAGUGUCAGCAUGCUUCCCGUAGCACGCGCGAGUCGUGCGCUGUAUCAUACAAUCGGAAUGCAAUAAUGCAUCUAGACGUUAAUUCUUACUGUUAAUGCUAUGUAACGUGGAUUGGUGUGAGUGAGCUCCGUAUAUGUAAAGCUUUUUAAUCCGGGAUUAUUUUUAAUGCAUUUUUUCGGUCUGGUAACCCUAAGCGUACGCACUACAUUCUAUGGUAUAAGAAAACCAGCGGGCUUAGCACCGUAAGCGCGCGACUCUUUCUUGCCUCGACGUACGUCACCUGUCACACACGUACUGCACAGAAAGAGACAGACGAUCUCUGUCGCGUCGAGAAAGAGUCGCGUGCUUACAGGUAUGCUCAAAAGUGACAGCUAACAUUUCAAGGUUAGCCCAGCUGACGUCAUCCAACCCAGCGUUGCCAUUUCAUAAAAAAUAAAUUCCCCACGAUUUAUGAUUUAAUUUAGUUUUGAACUUUUAGUAAAAGAUUUACUUACAAUUUUAAUAUUUUUUAUAUAUGUGACUACUAAUAGUAAUUAAAUACAUUAGCCUCUAAUUCGCUUAAUUUUCAAUAAUAAAAUUUACAUCCUUAGAAUGUUGGAGAUACCAAUUUAAUGGUUACAUAGUGGCAACACUUGUACG